CAUGUUGACACCCUGGGCCAGAGUGCUCAUAAGCAGCAGGCUACUGGCAUCGUGUGGCUCUGUGGAUGAGCCAGUUGCACUGGUUGCCAAGUUGCUGCCAGACCGCAUUCAGGGUACUUGUGUUUAUUUUUACAGAUUCCUGAGCAAUGUGAGCCCAAAGUACAUUGAGGACAGCACAAUCCCUUAUGCUCCACCUUAAGCAGCGAGAUCCUCUGGUGGAACAAUUCUCCCUACACCCCUGAGGAUUAGCCUCCAAGUCAGAUCAAGCUUUUCGUGUGACAGGCCCUGCCAGGUGGAACGCCCUGCCAGUAGACUUUUGACAGGAAUCUGUGGCAGUGAAUGGCCUUGGUGGAGGCCUCGUGCCAUCUCCAUAGAGCCGUUGGAACCCACGCUCCAAUGCCUCAGCCCUGCCACUGUGGAAGCGGGUUCCAACAGAGGCCCAUUUGAUGCUGGGGCACCUGAGAGCAGUGGCAGCCGGCGGAGGCCUAGCAGCACGCACAUGACGUGAUGUGAUGUCACAAUGCACAUGCAUGCCACUGGGCACCCACAGUCUGGGAGUAAAACUUAGCCAUUGUGACUAGUAUGCCUAGACAAAGCCACGUCACUUGGUAGCCAUCACUACAUCUUGCGGGGAUGAAACUCAUAGCUUAACUACGCACUUUUUGAAAAAGAAUCAUAGAAUCAUAGAGUUGGAAGAGACCACAAGGGCCAUCGAGUCCAACCCCCUGCCAAGCAGGAAACACCAUCAGAGCACUCCUGACAUAUGGUUGUCAAGCCUCUGCUUAAAGACCUCCAAAGAAGGAGACUCCACCACACUCCUUGGCAGCAAAUUCCACUGUCGAACAGCUCUUACUGUCAGGAAGUUCUUCCUAAUGUUUAGGUGGAAUCUUCUUUCUUGUAGUUUGGAUCCAUUGCUCCGUGUCUGCUUCCUUUGUCCUGAAUUAUUCUGUAUUUAGCUUCAUUGGGUGUCCCUGAGUUAUUUAUUAUGAGAGAGGGAGAAAAACAUCUAUCACUGCAAUAGUGUGAAUUCUGAUUCUUAUUUGUAGAUAUAUUUUCUACCUUCGAAUAAAACUUCCAAUAUCAUGAUGCUACUAUGCAAGUCUAUGGUGUGACAAUAUCAGGAAUAUUGUGUACAGUUGUCUCACCUCAUAGAAGAUAUUGUAGAGUUGUAAAAGCUUCAGAAAAGGGGUAUCAAAAGGAGUUGAAUAACUAUACAACUUCUCUCUGCGCUCCUUCCAGCUGUUGUUCCUCCUUUGGUGACUGCUAUGGAUGCAGGCCCUUGGGAAUACUGCCAUCUUCCGUUCUUUGGACAUGACAAAGGCAGUGUACAUGUUGUUGAAGCAGGAGUGUGAACAUACUGGGAAGGUGGACUUUCAUUUAGAGUUCAUUCAGACUUUGGCUUCCUGAGAUCAAGACUGGUGACACCAAAUGGGAUAUGAGAAACGGGUCGAUGAAAACAGAAAUGGAUCUCUUUCAAGGUCAACACUUCUAGGUCAAACACUGAUUCCUGUGCUGAUCGGGCUACCCUGUUUGGGCUUGAUAUACUUCUCAUGAGACUGGGCCACCUGCCUAUUACUUUCAUCACAGCUGAGCAACCUGUGGCCUAUGGGCCUCAUGCCAGCCACAACAGGUUGCCUAUGUCCCGUACCUGUGGAUUGACUUCUUGUCCUGUGUUGGUAAUUGUGCUUCCCUCAGCUGGCCAAGGAGCUGUUUCCCAAGGCUGAUGAGCACAAUUUUCAUUGUAAGCAAGGUGGAAGCCUUUCCUGGUCCACCUUUCUCCCCAUAGCCCUCAUGCUCUCCUGAUCAACCCAACAGCUAUUUGUAGGGCUGACGUGAGCACACUUACCAUCACCAAUAAUGUGGGCUUUGUGUGGAAGUAUGGGAUGCACUUCUGAAAUCGCACUGUGUAGUUCAAUUCCCAUCUGAUUGGGAAGAAUUAAGAACCACACAGCCAGAUAUCUAACAAGGAUGGGGGAGAUAGAAGAGGGAGGUGUGUAUAUUUACAUGCAUCUUUCAAUCCAUCAAUGUUUGUGGAUCUUGAAAACCAACAAGACUGCUAUAUGAUGGGACUUCCAAAAUCCCAUUCUGCACCUCGCUGCCCAACUCAUUUAUGUGGAAGGGGGAAAUAUGAUGGGAUGUCAGGUUUCUUCCAAUCUCAGUAUGUUGAGGUGGGAGAAGUGUGUGAGAGUGCAUAUGUGAUUGUGAAUGGGAAUAAGGCUGUGUAUCUGUCAAUUUCUGAGUUUAUUUGUGUGAGAGAGAUGGGAGAAGUUUGUGUGUGUGUGUGUGUGUGUGUGUGUGUAUGCAGCCCCUGUCCUGUGGGAAUUAGACCUUACAGAGUUAUGCGGAAGUGAACCCAGGUGUUUGACCCUUUAAUCAGAUCCUCUUUCCCUUCUGUAAAAACUGUUCAAGGCACUCUCUUUUAAAGUUUAAAUACAUUUUGCAUACAUUUGUGUCUAAGAUAAGUACUGUUACAGACUGACUAUCUCUGAGCAAACAGUUCAGCUGCUCUCACACAAAAGACGAUUAAUAAGUGCCACUGCUGUACCACCUGACAUAACUGCCUCACAUGUAUGACAUGUCUGGUUUGGGGGACUGCAUCCAACAAAGGCUGAGAUCAUGGCCUUAUUUCUACUGUGAAUGUUGAUGCCAUUUCUCAAAGAAUGAGCUGCUCAAUGGAGUGGCACUGUUUCCUCCUCUCCCCUCACAGGAGUGGCAACUCUCUUCUGUCACAGUGCUUUUGACCUUGGAAACCCUGUUGAGAUGGGUUGCAGUAUUGCCAAAGGCAUUUGCUUUAUUCGUUACACCAAUGUCUUUUUAGGUGAGUAUAAGGUUUUUCUGUCUAAGUAAAAUUGGUCAUUUGGCAUUUUAUUGAUUUAUUGCAAUGCAUUGUACACAUGUACAAAAUUGUUUUCUAAUUUAUUGUAGUUUCUCAGUUUUGUAUAUGUGUGUGUGUGUGUGUGUGUGUGUGUGUGAUGCCCAAAAAUCUCCCUGACACAGCACAUGUGGAAGGCAUUGAGGUGUGGCUCUUGGUGGGUGUCAAUUGCCCACCACACAUUAGUAAAACAGCAUGCACAAUGUGCAAGGCUAGUAGACUUUCAACUUGGUAUUGGAUGUAAAUAUCACGUUCUCCCACACCCUUCUAGAGAGGCGAGCCGUUGCUGUAGCUGGUUUGCCGAUACACUUACCCAUUGAUGGAGAACUUAGUGGUUAUGGUAAAACCCAGGAAGAAGAAAAAACUAUCACCCCAAGAAUUUUAUUGAUUUAUUGCAAUGCAUUGUAGAUAUGUAUAAAAUUGCUUUUUAAUUUAUUGUAGUUUCUCAGUUGUGUGUGUGUGUGUGUGUGUGUGUGUGUGUGUGUACAAGCACAGGGGUGUCAACUUGAAUAAAAUGUUAAGUAGGCCCAGGUAAGCUCCACCCCACAAAAUCAAUCACAAGAUGCGGUACACACAGGAGAAGCAGCAGUGACAAACAUUGACAUUGCAGUACUGCAACACAACUCACCCAUUACUAUGUACAACUCCUUGUCUAUUCAUUUCUGUUGUGACUAUAACGUAUAAUACAUAUCUUACACACAUACAAUACACAUUCAUAUAGUUUUAAUUUGUAAACGACAUGGAGACUGUGGAUCCAGAGCAGAUGCUUCUGUUCAUACGCCCAUGUGGGGGCAAGGGGCCACAGCAUUCCCCAGGUGCAAUCCAAUGGGAGUAUUACCCCAUGAUGUUGGUCAGGUACUCCCUCUUUCCAUUUCUCUCAGAAAUGUAAGUUAUUCCAGCAGGGGCCAGUAUACAAUCUAUACUGAGCCUACGACAGAGAGGUUCACAGCAUUAGCACCCCAAAAGGGUCUUCUUUCUCCCUUAGUCACAGUAUUGGAUUCAAACACACAUCCUCUGUACAUCAAGCAAAUUUUGUAAACGCUCAGCUAAAGCCAUUAGAAUUGUUAAACUUGGCAACAGUGUGCAGACUUUGUGACCUGUUUCCAAACAUUUGUGUUAGAUUAAGACUACUAAUAACCAUUGAAGGAACAUUAGCUUCUGUAGACAGGUCAUUUCGCAAACUUCAGCUAAUUAAGAAUUAUUUAUGGUCUUAAUGUCUCAGAAACAUCUUGUGGAUUUGGCCAGGCUAGGUAUUGCACCCACCAUUGCCAGAACAAUUAGUUUUCAUGCUAUGAUUUAAAAGAUUUCACAAAAAAGGCCAGAAAAGUUGUUUUUCUAAAGUAAAUUGGAUGUCUGCAGUAUAUCUGUCUAUCUAUCUAUCUAUCUAUCUAUCUAUCUAUCUAUCUAUCUAUCAUCUAUCUACCUUCUAUCUAUCUAUAUCUAUCAUCUUACUAAUACUACUGUUGUAUGAUUACCGUAUGUAGUGGUUAAGAGCGGUAGCCCCCUAAUCUGGGGAACCGGCUUCGUGUCUCCGCUCCUCCACAUGCAGCUGCUGGGUGACCUUGGGCUAGUCACACUUCUUUGAAGUCUCUCAGCCCCACUCACCUCACAGAGUGCUUGUUGUGGGGGAGGAAGGGAAAGGAGAAUGUUAGCCGCUUUGAGACUCCUUUGGGUAGUGAUAAAGCGGGAUAUCAAAUCCAAACUCUGCAAUAUAAAAAGAGGUUUCAGCGUGAAUUCUUUCUCCUUAUCUGUAUUGUAGAUGUUCAAAUCAAAUGGGCUUUCUUAUCUCUGAUCUCUGGGCCUGGAGACGAUCAGUCAGGACAUGUAUCCACAGCAGUGACCAGAGGAGGAAUGAUCACUGGGAUGACCACAGAAAGAAGGAACACCAUGGUAUACCUGCAUCACCACAACCAGACACCUUGAACUGACCCAGCAGCAACAAAACAUUUCUCUCCCUUAUCGGUCUCUACAUCCACAGCAAGCGCUGUAACUCUCCAGUGGCUUGACUUCACCCCUGAAGGCACACUCUUUCAUUGUCUUCUGAGACAGACAGUUGCCAAUUUAUUUAAAUUUAUUUAUCUUUAUUAGAGUAUAUAUAUUAUAGUAUGAGCAGAAAUCCAUAAAUGCAGAAGAUUAGCAGAGCCUUCCACGCUAUCCCUCUCCCAUCUUUCACAACCUUUCUACCUUAAAGCCGACAGCUCGUGGCAUAGAACCAUAGUGCAUAAAAACAUAACGACUACUGGAGAAGGGAGACAGCCCAAAAUAAAUUGUAUACCCCUGAAAAUAAUAAUCUCAGAUGCCCUGCCUCUCCACCUGGAGAUGCACAAGGCCAAAAAAUUGAGGUGUGUCUCCUGGUAGCUGUAAGUUGCUUAUAGCAACGGGCUCAACAUGUGAGCAUAGCAGACCUUCAACUUGAUAUUGGUCAUAAGUAUCAUAUUUUCCCACAUCCUGUUGGAGAGGUGAGCAAUUGUUGUAGCUGCCUUGCCAACAUGCUUGUCCAGUUCAGCGCUGAUGGAGAGCUUGCUGGUUAUAGUGAAACCCAGGUAGAAAAAAUCUUUUAUCACGGCAAGCAUAUGUGAGUGCCAUGAAGAUAACAAAACAAAAAUAUGAUUCAUCCUCACUGAAUUAGCCUCCCAAAUAUGUUUUGCAGGAUACAUUCUUCGAAUGAUUGAAUAUUACAAAAAUGAAUGUGGAAGGUCACUUGGUGAAAUUAUAUCAAAAGGAGAACAAUACCAGUUGUUUCUUAGCCCUGCUUAUGACAUGGAAUGGAAGAUGCAGUUGGUAGAAGAUCAUGUCAAUCCAAAAACACAUUUCAUUAAUUUCAAUACUGAACUUUGUGUUCCAAUAAAAUAUUCUAUACAAUUUCUAAUUUCAUCAUUGCCCACCCCUCACUGGACCAGUUCUCCCCAACUCUACUCCCAGGCCUCUCCGCUUUGGCCUAUAAGUUCCCC